GCUUUCUCGGCUAGUUCUCCUCCAUUAGGACUCCUUAAGCCCUGGAAUGCGAGAGGACGAGGCUCAGGGCGUUGCUGGAGUGGGACGUAGAGGGAGCCACUGCUGGGGACCUUUCUAGGGUCUCUUUUCCCUUCCUGGGGUGCUAUGGAGUUCCCAGAACACAGCCAGCUGCUGCUGCAGAGCCUGCGGGAGCAACAGUCCCAGGGUUUUCUGUGUGACUGCACCGUGAUGGUGGGGAGCACCCAGUUCUUGGCUCAUCGGGCUGUGCUGGCCUGCUGCAGCCCCUUCUUCCAGCUUUUCUACAAGGAGAGGGAACUGGAGAAGAGAGAUCUGGUGUGCAUCCACAACGAGAUUGUCACAGCCCCGGCCUUUGGCUUGCUCCUGGACUUUAUGUACGCUGGCCAACUGGUUCUGAGGGGCGACACCCCCGUGGAGGACGUGCUGGCCGCUGCCAGCUACUUGCACAUGAAUGACAUCGUCAAGGUGUGUAAGAGGCGACUGCAAGCCAGGGCACUGGCCGAGGCAGACAGUACCAAGAAGGAGGAGGAAACCAACUCACAAGCCCCUGGUCUGGAAUUUUUGCCCAGCACUUCUCGUGGCCCCCAGCCUUCAAUGCCACCCGCCGAGACCUCCAGCCACUGGGGCAAAGACGAAUGGAAAGGCCCAGUGGCUCCCUCACCCACUAUCUGUCCUCCAGAUGAGCCACCGGGACCCAGUGGGGCCGACACUACGCAGCCUGGCGUGGAGGUUGACUUGUCCCAUCUGCGGGCACCGCUCCCACCCAUGGCUGAUGUCUCUCUUGCCAGCCCCAGCAGCUCCACAGAGACCAUUCCUGUAAACUACUUUGCUUCUGGCCUCCCGGCUGUGGCUGCAGAGCCACUGGCAUCCCUUGAUGUGGGUCCUGAGAGUCUCAGGGUGGUGGAACCCAGGGGUGCUGGUGGACCUUUGCAAGGCUUCUACUCCCCGUCUGCAGCUGCCCCUGUCCCGGCCCCCAUCCCGUCCCAGGCUCCAGCCCCAGUGGAAGCUGAACUGGUCCAAGUGAAGGUAGAAGCGAUUGUGAUUUCCGACGAGGAGCCUGAUGCAGCCGAAGUGCAGCCACAGUGUCCGGAAGGGCUGUACCCAGCUGCUGCCGGAGCAGUGUUUGGGGGGCAACCACCCCCACCAGAGGCAUUUGAGGAGCCCAGAGCAGUUGAGGACGUGGGGCCCAGCGAGCACUUUCUGCCUCCUGAGCCUCCUGUCCCUUACCAUUUGCUGCCCGGUUCGGGGCAGUAUCACCGAAGCCUGGUGGCUUCCCCACUGCCCGCACCCCCGGCCCUUCACGAACCCCUGUACUUGCCUUCUGAGUACGAAGCGGCUCCCGGGAAUUUCGGGGUCUUCCCGGAGGAUGUGCCCACCUGUAAGACCUGCGGGAAGACCUUCUCGUGUUCAUACACGCUGCGUAGACACGCCACCGUCCACACCCGAGAACGCCCCUACGAGUGUCGCUACUGCCUGCGAAGCUACACGCAGUCGGGGGACCUGUACCGCCACAUCCGCAAGGCGCACAACGAGGACUUGGCCAAACGCAGCAAGCCCGACCCCGAGGCUGCCCUGCAUCUGGGUGCCCAGUCCCUGCCCGGCUCCCCUCCCGCCGACAGGCAGAACAGUGGGGGUGGGGGGCCACCCAAAGAGUUUGUAGCGGGUGCCAAAAACUAAAAAACUUGCAGUGUGACCAUCAGCUAAGUGGGCUUGGACCAAGAAAGUGUCGCUGGACAAGCAUCUCCUUGGCCACCUACUUGAUGGCCAGGAAGGUACCGUCUGACAGUUUUCUUUCCCUUCCAUCAGAGUGCCAGAACUUGGGGGAAGCAGGGAGGAAAGGGGGCAGAAGCCUAUAAUCAGCCCUUCUCCGGGCAUGACCUGGGAGUUUUCCUGAGUGUGUCGUGGCUUCUCUGCAUUCGGCUCCAUAAAACUAGAAGCAAG